GAUAACGUUAAAGAUAUCACGUUUAAUAAACAUCCGUUCAUUUCUUCUUGUUUUAAAAUAGUUUAAACGAGUAAUCUAAGUGAGAGUAACGCGAUGAAGGUCGCACUUUGGGGGUUUAUAUUCGUUUUAGGGGUCGUUGUCGUUUUGGGGUGUCCGCGAGAACCAAGUCCUUAUCAUUCGCACGUAGGGAAAUUAGAAGGGGAUAAUGGAUUUCAAAUUAAAGUUAAUGAAAAUCCCGAAAAGUAUAUACCAGGACAAAUUUAUACAAUGUACUUAAUGGGUUCAAGAACAUUUGAAAAUGUCCAACAUUUUAAACGUUUCACAAUUAAUGUUGAAUCAUCCCAAGAACCUGGAAAUUUGUCCCCACAAAAAGUGGGCACAUUUCAAUUAUUUGGGGAUUCUCUUUCAAAGUUUAACGAAGAUUGUGUGAAUACAAUCUCGGAAACGAGCGUUUUACCAAAAACUGAAGUAUUUUUUAUGUGGAAAGCUCCACCACCAGGAUCCGGUUGUGUAACAUUCAGAGCAAUGGUUCUUGAAGAUUCCAAACGUUGGUUCGCCGAUGAAGGAAAAUUAAGCAAAACGUUUUGCGAACAAACCGAAAACGAUCUUAAAUUUAACCCUGAUGAUUGUUGCGCUUGUGAUGAAGCAAAAUAUAAUUUAAUAUUUGAAGGUAUCUGGUCGAAUAAAACCCAUCCAAAAGAUUUUCCAUUUUCACUUUGGCUCACUCAUUUUUCCGAUAUUAUUGGGGCUUCCCACGAGCGUAAUUUCACAUUUUGGGGUGAAGGUCAAAUUGCAUCCGAAGGAUUUCGAAGUUUAGCCGAAUGGGGUUCUGUGAGGCUUAUGGAAAGCGAAUUAAGGGCGAAAUCAAAGUAUUUACGAUCGAUUAUUAAAGCGGCUGGUUUAUGGUAUCCUCACGUUAACACAAACACUUCUGCGACGUUUAAAGUUGAUAGGAGACAUAAUUUAAUAUCACUAGCUUCAAUGUUUGGUCCUACGCCGGAUUGGGUCGUUGGAGUUAACGGAUUAAAUUUAUGUUUAAGAAAUUGUACGUGGAUAGAAAAUUUGAUUUUGGACCUUUAUCCUUAUGACGCAGGAACUGAUAGUGGAAUCACUUAUAUGUCGCCAAACAGUGAAACUAAACCUCGCGAAAAAAUGUAUAGAAUCACUACAACUUAUCCGGAAGAUCCUAGAGCACCAUUUUAUGACCCAAGUAAAAAUGAAAUGCAUCCUUUAGCUAGGAUGUAUUUAACAAGAGAAAAAGUCAUUCCAAAAUCAUGCGAUGAAAAAUUUUUAAAUGCUCAAUUAGAAGUGGAGGUUAAUGAAAAUACGGAAGAUACAUCAAGAGUUGAAUGCAGCGUAACCGAAUACUCCUCAUGGAGCGAUUGUUCAGUUACUUGUGGUAAAGGUUUAAGAAUGCGCACAAGAGAAUAUAAAAUGCCGCAAAAAGCACAAAUGUUUAGUUGUAAUCGACAAUUAGUUUCAAAGGAAAUGUGUGUUGCCGCUGUACCAGAAUGCGAAAACAAACCAGCCGAAGAUUCCGAAGAAAAAUUAGAAGUAAACGAUGGUAUUUGCGCAACAACCGAAUGGACUCUUUGGUCGGAAUGUUCUUCAACUUGCGGAGUUGGAAUGAAGACCAGAAGUCGUCAAUUUUUGGAUGCAAUGGGAAGAAAGAAAUGUCCUCAUAUUUCAACAAUGGAAAAAGAAAAAUGUAUGGAACCACCAUGUCAACCAGAUCAAAUUGAAGUACCAGAUCCGAUGUGUCCUGUAUCCGAAUGGAAUGAUUUUAGUCCUUGUAGCGCUUCAUGUGGAAAAGGAGUUAAAUUCCGAACGAGAUUAUUGCUCGUCGAACCCGGUUUACAAGAAAAAUGUAGCUCAAGAGUUGAAUUAAUGCAACAGAGACCUUGUAUGGAUUAUGUGGAUUGCACUUUCGACAUGGCAACUGCAAAAAGAGUGUGUAUGGAAGAACCAAUUCAAGGACCAUGCACCGGAUACUUUAAUAGAUGGUACUUUGAACCCAGCAAGCAAAUGUGUGUUCCUUUUGUUUAUGGGGGUUGUAGAGGAAAUCGAAACAAUUUCUUAACGGUAGAUGAAUGCAAUGAAGCAUGUAAAAUAAUGAGAGGUGAAAUACAAAAUCCUAAUUUAGCACCAACAGCCUCACCUGCAAUCGAUUGUAUGGUUUCUGACUGGUCUCCAUGGUCUGGAUGUAGCGUUUCUUGUGGUAAAGGUUUUCAAUACAGGCAAAGAAUGAUUAAAAGAGAACCGGAAAAUAACGGAAAACCUUGCCCGAAUUUAACAAAGAGGAAAAAAUGUAUUAGAGCACCAUGUUUAUAAGGAAGUGCAAGUUUAUUUUAGUUUUGUAAAUUACUUGCAAAAGAUUUUAAUUUUUUUUGUAUAAAUUUUUCUUAAUUACUGGUAAAAAAAGAAAUACAAUAAAUAUAAUAAUUAUGAGU